GGCGGGGACGGGCCUGGCGCCGGCGGCGGCGGAGGGGGCGCCGCGGGCGGGCGAUGUGAGCGCGGCGCUCUCCGCAGAUUACGCUUCAUGUCAGUAGAAAUGGACAGCAGCAGUUUUAUUCAGUUUGAUGUGCCCGAGUACAGCAGCACCGUUCUGAGCCAGCUAAACGAACUCCGCCUGCAAGGGAAACUAUGUGACAUCAUUGUCCACAUUCAGGGUCAGCCGUUCCGAGCCCACAAAGCAGUCCUUGCGGCCAGCUCCCCCUAUUUCCGGGACCAUUCAGCGUUAAGUACCAUGAGUGGCUUGUCAAUAUCAGUGAUUAAAAAUCCCAAUGUGUUUGAACAGUUGCUUUCAUUUUGUUACACUGGAAGAAUGUCCUUGCAGCUGAAGGAUGUUGUCAGUUUUCUGACUGCAGCUAGCUUUCUUCAGAUGCAGUGUGUCAUUGACAAGUGCACGCAGAUCCUAGAGAGCAUCCAUUCAAAAAUCAGUGUUGGAGAUGUGGACUCUGUGACCGUCGGUGCGGAAGAGACUCCAGAGAGUCGUAACGGAGUUAAAGACAGCAGCUACUUUGCCAACCCGGUGGAGAUCUCCCCUCCAUACUGCUCUCAGGUACGGCAGCCUACCACAAGCAGUGACCUUCGGAUGGAGGCGACACCCAGCAAAGCUUUGCGCAGCCGUUUCCAGGAGGAAGGGCACUCGGACCGAGGGAGCAGCGGGAGCGUCUCUGAGUACGAGAUUCAGGUCGAGGGGGACCACGAGCAAGGGGACCUGCUGGGGAGGGAGAGCCAGAUCACCGAGGUGAAGGUGAAGGUGGAGAAGUCUGACCGUCCCAGCUGUUCCGACAGCUCCUCCCUGGGAGACGAUGGGUACCACACCGAGAUGGUUGAUGGGGAACAGGUUGUGGCCGUGAAUGUGGGCUCCUAUGGUUCUGUGCUCCAGCACGCCUACUCCUACUCCCAGGCAGCUUCACAGCCAGCCGGCGUAUCUGAAGCUUUUGGAAGUUUGAGUAAUUCCAGCCCAUCCAGAUCCAUGCUGAGCUGUUUCCGAGGAGGUCGUGCCCGCCAGAAGCGGGCUCUGUCUGUCCAUCUGCACAGUGAUCUGCAGGGCUUGGUGCAGGGUUCCGACAGUGAAGCUAUGAUGAACAACCCCGGGUUUGAGAGCAGCCCCCGGGAGAGGAGUGCAAGAGGUCACUGGUACCCGUACAAUGAGAGGUUGAUCUGUAUUUACUGUGGAAAGUCCUUCAACCAGAAGGGAAGCCUUGACAGGCACAUGCGACUCCAUAUGGGAAUCACCCCCUUUGUGUGCAAGUUCUGCGGGAAGAAGUACACGCGGAAGGACCAGCUGGAGUACCACAUCCGGGGCCAUACCGACGACAAACCAUUCCGCUGUGAGAUCUGCGGGAAGUGCUUUCCAUUCCAAGGUACCCUCAACCAGCACCUGCGGAAAAACCACCCUGGCAUAGCUGAAGUCAGGAGUCGCAUCGAGUCCCCUGAGAGAACAGAUGUGUAUGUGGAACAGAAACUAGAAAACGAUGCGUCGGCCUCAGAGAUGGCCCUAGAUUCCCGGAUGGAAAUUCACACGGUGUCUGAUGCUCCUGAUUAAGAUGGUAAAGAAGCGCACCCACACAAAGCACAUUAAUCAAUGCCUAUUUGUGAUUUGCUUUGUUGUAAUCUUUGGUUUUCCCAACCAUCUGGAAAUCUCUUGGUCUCUUGGCAGUUUUUCUAAGGUUUCUGGAAGGAACACUUCAUUGUGUUUAUCCUCUCCCCCACCCUCCCUCCCUCAAGGAGCUCAAAGCAUGAAGGGCAGCGUAUCCAGGGAAAACACAGGCUGACAGUAUUCCUCUUUGGCUGAACUCUUCAUCCAAAAUCUGCCAGUGAUUUAGCUAUGCCAACUGGUUGACCCUGCAUUCUCUGCCAAGAGGCAUACUCUCUCAUUGUGUGCACUGGCACCAGUGCAUUUCCGUGGAGGGAGACUGGGAUGCCGUCAGCUGAUACAAAUGGGUAACCUUUUCUAAUUUAAAAUUACUUUU